AUGAGAGCCAGCGAUGACGGGGUGACGACCUGGGCAAGACAACCUACUUGGACGGGAACUUGCUCCUCGGCGGUGGAUGAGGCGGGACCGCGAUGGGUGAUAUACCAGGUGGUGUUCCCGGCACUGGUGGGCGUGGGCGUGAUGGCCAACCUGUUGAACCUGGUGGUGCUGUCCCGCCCUGCCAUGCGUGGUGUGGCCUACAGGUACCUCAACCACCUGGCGGUGAGUGACCUGCUGUACCUGCUGUUCAACGUGCCCUUCUGCCUGGAGGACUUCGUGCGGGUGUCAGCGUCGGGGCAAGCGGCAGGGCGGAGCAGCGCGGUGUACUACGCGUACGUGGGGGUGCCGCUGGUGAACAUGUUCCUCACCAUGAGCGAGUACAUCGUGGUGUGGCUCUCCUACGACCGUUGCCUCGCCGUCUGCUGGCCACACAAGUUCUCGGCGAAGCAGCGACUACGCGUGGUGCGGGAGAGGUGUGGCCUGUCCCUGGCACUGACGAUGGCCGUGUACUGCCUCAGCCCACUCAGCCAGACCUACCAGUGCGAAGGCGCCAUCUGCUGUGUCAUCGACAGCCAAUACAGUCACCUCGGGUGGUUCAUGGGAUACGAACUCUAGGAAAUCUAUUCCAGGUUCUUGCCAGCGCUGCUCGUCACGGGGUUCAAUGUGGCCAUCGUGGUGACGCUGCGCCGCCUCCACCGCGAGAGGGGCGCCGAAGAUGUCAUCAACGAGUCACGGCAGGAGCGUGAGCGGCGUCUGUUUGUACUGCUGGUGGCAGUUACGGUGCUGUUCUACGUGACGGCCUUCCCCAGUGCAAUGUACAAAGUGCUGCCUGGCGCAGACCCGCGCCUCGAGAGUGUGCUGCGCCCCAUUGCUGACAUGCUGGAGGUGUCCGGCCACGUGUUCAACUUCGUGCUCUACUUCCUCUUCAGCCCUGACUACCGCAGGACUCUGGUAGGCAUGGCGGCGCCCCCAGACAAGUCACGUGCCGGACAUCCACACUUCCAUUCCUCUAGCGCCAUUCCACUAUGAGUCCCCACCGCCGCGUCCAAUCUCACCCUCACGGGGGGACACUCGAGUCCCUUUACGCCCACGGCUUGGUUCAGGACGGAGAUAACGAGGCGAAGGGAACCACACUUAUGCCAGGCUCAGGAAACAGGAAAAGACGAAGGGAUGCAAGUGGAAACAUAGAACAGGUGAAAGGAAAAGUAAGAAAACAUGAAAAUAAAGGUCAAUCACGCGUGAUUAUAAAACAGGAAAAAAGUGAAAAAAACAAGAAAUGAAUGUCAAAGAACUGAAAACAAACAAGACAAACACGAAAACAUGGAAACGAAAAAAAAAAAAAUUAAAAGGGAAAUACGAAGGAGAGAUAAAAGAGAUUAGUGAGCGACAGAUAAAAACAUCAGAUCUAAAACAAAGGAGAGAUAAAAGAGAAGAUUAGUGAGUGACAGAGAAAAAACAACAUAUCUCAAACAGGUGGAAAGGCGAACAA